GAACCCAUUGAUUUCCCUCAAUUUCUAACAAUGCUGGCAAGAAAAUUGAAAGACCCCGAUCCUGAGGAAGAGAUGCGCGAAGCAUUUCGUGUGUUUAAUAUGGAUGGCAAUGGAUUGAUUAGCCCAGACAAGCUAAAGCACGUUAUGCCAAGUCUGUUACUGCGAGAAGAAGAAGGGUUGACAGAUGAAGAAGUCGAUGAGAUGCUAGAGGUCGACACGGAUGGCGAUGGUCAAGUGAGCUGUGACGAGUUUGUUCAGAUGAUGACUGCUAAAUAAACAAGCGAAUAGCGGCUUUGCGGUGUCCACAUGUGACGAGAGCAGAUAACAACAAUGCGAGCAUUUGUAUGCACUAGAGCAUAAUCACCGUAUAAAAUCAACACUAAAAACUUAGUACAGAUUUUUGAAAAAUCUAAACAUCAAUACCAUCAUUUCUUGCUGAAACGUACAGCAGCAGCUGUGUAUAGUGUAG